AUGGCCGGUUCCAACAAAUUGGGGCCGCCGUUCCAGCAUCUGCUGGUGCCUGAUGUAGCACCGCGGUGUCCGCGCAUCUUCUUCAACACCGGUGGUGCCACCGCCGUGUCGCCGGUCGAGGUCGUUGCAGCUCCGGUGACCAGCAGUUGUCGCAUCCGCCACCACCGCAAGGAGGAGGAGGAGAUGGGCAGCCGCGUUGGUGAGCGGAGGAACAGAGGGGCAGCCAUGCGAUUGGUCAAAUGCGUAUAUUUUGCCACCAAUAGCUCCCCUUUGACACUCCUCCCCACGCUAUCCCAUCCUGUGCUUGCACGGCUCGCCACUGGGAAGGAGGCGACCACGCGCCUCCGCCCACGCGCCUCCGCCCCCACCAUGGACCCGCAGGAGGAUGGCUUCUUCUACUCACACCAUGGCGCGUGCCAUGCCGAUUCCAGUCAAGGGACGGAAUGUAAAGCCCAGAGUUCGGUUACCGCUCGCAAGGUUCACAAGGCUGACCGUGAGAGAAUGCGACGAGACAAAUUGAAUGAGCAGUUUAUGGAAUUGGGAACCACACUUGACCCAGAUCGGCCCAGGCAUGAUAAGGCUACUAUUCUUGGUGAUACAGUUCAGAUGCUCAAGGAUUUGACUUCUCAAGUAAACAAGCUUAAAGCUGAAUACUCUUCUCUCUUUGAAGAAGAAUGUGAGUUGACUAAAGAAAAAAAUGAGCUUUGGAGUGAAAAAGCUUCGCUGAAGUCUGAUGUUGAUAAUUUGAACAACCACUAUCAGCAACGUAUUCAAAUGUUAUACCCGUGGACUACAAUGGAGCCUUCUGUACUCAUUGGGGCACCUCCAUCAUAUCCCUUCUCGCUACAAGUUCCUAUACCCGCUGGUGCUGUAACUAUGCAUCCACAGCUUCAGCCAUGCCCUUUCUUCCAAAAUCAAACUUUAGGAGCCAUCUCGAAUCCAUGUACUCACAUGGCAUACAGUCAAUCCUGUCAUGCUCCUAGUGAUCAACCAUCUAGCCAGUUCAGUACUCCAGUUCCGCUUUCAAGUAGUAAUCGAUCUCACUCUCCUGCACAAGACUGUAGAAGCAAGUCACCUUCACUUCAGCAAGCAAGCUGUGGAGGGAGAAAUGAUGAUUUUGGUGAUGUUGCAACUGACUUGGAACUAAAAACUCCUGGUUCCUCAGCUCCUUCACAUUCAGAGAUCACUAACAAGCCUCAAAUCACUAUUUGCGAUCAUGCCAUUUUCGAGCGUCAACAGGACACCAAUAUAACGUAUGGUCUGGGGACCUCCCAACCAGAAUGAAACGUUCGCUCAAGG